CUCGAUCGAGUUGAAGCUUGGCCGGUCGAGUUGAGGAACUCGACCGGUUGGUCGAGUAGACGGUCGAGCUGGUCUUCAAGAUGGCUUCUCCCUUCUUCCUUUGCGUGCCAGUUGAGCUGCUUCCAUGUGCCAAGAAAUCAACUCCAUCUACUUCCAACCUUUGACGAGUAUGGAGCUGAAGAGGAGACUAAUGGUGCACCUAAUCUCUUUCACAAGAUAAGAAUCUUUACACCAAAAGAUUCGGAGCUUAAAGGUGACCAAUCCAUUGAAGAGAAGCUUGAGAGAACUAUGAAGCUUUUCCCCAAGGCAUUGGUUUUCAAAGAUGAUGUGAGAGAUGACUCAUGGCGCACAACACCACCACAAGAAGCCACUGAACCGGAGAAUGGAGAAGCUAAAGGGAUCCUUUGCCCUUCAGCCACUCUUCACCACGAUUAA